ACAAAAAAAGAAGCACACAUCACAGAAAAUAAAAAAAAGGAAAUGGGUGAAAAUAUGUCUUCUUCCACACAAGACGAAAUCUCCCUUUUCCUGCGUCAGAUUCUCCUUCGUUCAUCCUCCUCCUCUCUCACCACCCACGUGCCACCCAACUCCAUGAAAAAUACACUCCAAGAUGGGGUCUCACCCCUUGAUUCCACAACCGGAAUACGCACUUCGAACCGCGCUUUUUUCUCCGGUUCAGCCUCGCGUGUGUCGGUGGUAGCGAGUGAAAAUGAAACUGAUGACUACGACUGUGAAAGUGAGGAGGGUGAAGCACUGGCCGAAGAGGUUCAAGUUCCACCAAAGUUGGAUCAUUCUGGGAGUUCAUCAAAAAGGAGCAGAGCUGCGGAAGUUCAUAACCUCUCUGAAAAGCGAAGGAGAAGUAGGAUCAACGAGAAAUUGAAGGCUUUGCAAAAUCUAAUUCCAAAUUCUAACAAGACUGAUAAGGCUUCAAUGCUUGAUGAAGCUAUUGACUACCUUAAACAGCUUCAGCUCCAAGUACAGAUGCUGUCAAUGAGAAAUGGGUUGAGUUUGCAUCCUUUGUUCUUUCCAGAAGGGUUGCAGCCUUUGCAGUUGUCUCAGAUGAGAAUGGAUUUAGCUGAAGAAAACAGGUCUAUCCCUUUAAAUGCCACAGCUUCUCUGCCAAUGCACCAAGAAAACCCCAUACACUACUCAUCCAAUCUACCUAUCAAACACGCUAUGGCAGAUCAGCCAUCAGUGCUCUCCCCAUCAUAUAUAAUCAACUCAGGAACUUCUUUCGGGCUAGAUUCUCGGAUUCCGGAAAAUAUACGACCACUUCAACCCAGAAGAUCUUCUGAGCAGAUAUGUAGAGAAGAAAUAUUGCAGCUCCAGCAGUUAAAUGCAAACCAUUCAGAUAACCAUCUAUUAGGUGGUUCUCAAGCAUCACUAUCCUUUGAUAUGCAAACAUCUGCAGUGAAGGACAACAGCACUUUGGAAACAUGCAUUACUCGAAGAGAUCAGUCAGGAGUGAUAAUAAGAAAUAGGGAGCCAUUCUGUCCUCGCAGUUAAAGUAGGUAAUUGGAAUGUGAUGAGUGAGAAA